GGUCCCCGCGCCGCGGCCGCGCCAAUCCCCGCGCCGCCGCCGCCGUCGCCGCUGUCCCUGCCACCGCCGAUCUAGCAGCAGCUCUAACCCCGGCUCCGGCUACCCAGCGCACGUCCGCAGCCCAGGUCAUUGGCGAGCCUAAGCUCAGCCCCCUCCCGGAGCCCGAGCCCGGAGCCCGGCGCCCGGAGCCAGCCCCAGCCCCGCGGCCGCCGCGGCUGCGGGGAGAGGGCGGGGGCGAUGCUGCCGGAGCCGCCGCCGCUGCCGCCGCCUCGAUGAGAGCCGCGCCGCACCGCGCAUAGCCGCGCAGGCUGACAGGCAGAAAGACUGACUUCCCUCUCCCGGGCAUCCUCCCUGGGCUGCCGGGAGGCGGCGGCGGAGGAGGAGGAGGAGGGAAAAGGGGAGAAGGCGGAGAGCAGGAACGAGAGGAGGUGGACCUGGAUCCGUUUCUCCGGGCCAGGACUCGAGCGGCCCCAGCUACCGCUACCCGCCGGCGCCGUCCCCUAUCCAUCAACCCUCCUGCACCCAUCCGCGACCCUGGGCUCUCUGCGCGUCGGGCCGGGGCUGGAGCGGCGCGGCCGCAGACUGUCUGGCUUCCCCACUAUGCCCAUGCUUUGCUAAGUGCUGGUGGCCAUCGAAGUUUUUGCAUCCUGGGGACGAAUCCUGAGCUGACCAGAGACGGACGGCGCAAGGUCCGGGCUCUGGUUCCCUGUGAGAAGCUGCCACGGCCCACCGAGAUGUCCAGGCACCACAGCCGCUUCGAAAGAGAUUACCGCAUAGGCUGGGACCGCCGUGAGUGGAGCGUCAAUGGGACCCACGGGGCCACCAGCGUCUGCAGCGUCACCUCCGGUGCUGGUGGCAGCACAGCCAGCAGUCUCAGCGCAAGACCGGGCCUCCUACCACUGCCUGUGGUACCCUCCCGGCUGCCCACACCCGCCACGGCUCCUGCUCCCUGCACGACCGGCAGCAGUGAAGCUAUCACCAGUCUUGUGGUCAGCUCGGCCUCCGCAGCCACCACCAAGGCUCCCGGCAUCUCCAAAGCUGACAAUCAGUCUCAAGGACUCACGACCAGCAUCCGAUGGGGGCAGACGCCUGUCAAUCAGUCCACGCCCUGGGACACUGAUGAGCCGCCCUCCAAACAGAUGAGGGAGAGCGACAAUCCAGGCACAGGGCCAUGGGUGACCACGGUGGCCGCUGGAAACCAGCCUUCCCUGAUCACACACUCCUAUGGAGUGACCCAGCCUCCCACCUUCAGUCCUGCUGUGAACGUCCAGGCCCCCGUCAUCGGGGUGACUCCCUCACUGCCUCCCCAUGUGGGACCCCAGCUCCCGCUGAUACCAGGCCACUACUCACUCCCACAGCCGCCCUCCCAACCGCUGAGCAGUGUGGUGGUGAACAUGCCUGCUCAGGCCCUGUAUGCCAGCCCUCAGCCCCUGGCAGUAUCCACUUUGCCUGGAGUAGGGCAGGUAUCCCGCCCGGGACCCACCCCUGUGGGCAACGGCCACAUGGCAGGGCCCCUGCUGCCUCCACCUCCACCAGCCCAGCCGUCCGCAGCUCUCCCCAGUAGUGUUCCUGCCACCAAUGGGCCGCCCACAACAGACUCGGCCCAUGGGCUGCAAAUGCUUCGGACCAUUGGAGUGGGGAAGUAUGAGUUCACCGACCCAGGGCACCCUAAAGAAAUGUUGAAGGAAUUGAACCAGCAACGCAGAGCGAAAGCAUUUACAGACCUGAAAAUUGUUGUUGAAGGCAGAGAGUUUGAAGUCCACCAAAAUGUUCUAGCUUCCUGCAGCUUGUAUUUCAAGGACCUGAUUCAAAGGUCGGUGCAGGACAGCAGCCAGAGCAGCCGGGAGAAGUUGGAGCUGGUGCUCUCCAACCUGCAGGCUGAUGUCCUGGAGCUACUGCUAGAGUUUGUCUACACGGGGUCGCUGGUCAUCGACUCAGCCAAUGCCAAGACUCUACUCGAGGCGGCCAGCAAGUUCCAGUUUCACACCUUCUGCAAAGUCUGUGUGUCCUUUCUAGAGAAGCAGCUGACUGCCAGCAACUGUCUGGGAGUGCUGGCCAUGGCUGAGGCCAUGCAGUGCAGUGAGCUCUACCACAUGGCCAAGGCCUUCGCGCUGCAGAUCUUCCCCGAGGUGGCCGCCCAGGAGGAGAUCCUCAGCAUCUCUAAAGAUGACUUCAUUGCCUACGUCUCCAAUGACAGCCUCAAUACCAAGGCCGAGGAGCUGGUCUACGAGACUGUCAUCAAGUGGAUCAAGAAGGACCCAGCAACACGUGCACAGUAUGCAGCAGAGCUCCUGGCUGCCGUCCGCCUCCCGUUCAUCCAUCCCAGCUAUCUGCUCAAUGUGGUGGACAACGAAGAGCUGAUCAAGUCAUCAGAAGCAUGUCGGGACCUGGUCAAUGAGGCUAAACGCUACCACAUGCUACCCCACGCCCGGCAGGAGAUGCAGACACCCCGAACCCGGCCCCGCCUCUCUGCAGGUGUGGCCGAGGUCAUCGUUUUGGUUGGGGGCCGUCAGAUGGUUGGGAUGACCCAGCGCUCACUGGUGGCUGUCACCUGCUGGAACCCACAGAACAACAAGUGGUACCCCUUGGCCUCGCUGCCUUUCUAUGACCGCGAGUUCUUCAGUGUAGUGAGUGCUGGGGACAACAUCUACCUCUCAGGUGGUAUGGAAUCAGGGGUGACGCUGGCUGAUGUCUGGUGCUACAUGUCCCUGUUGGAUAACUGGAACCUGGUCUCCAGAAUGACUGUCCCUCGUUGUCGCCACAAUAGUCUCGUCUAUGAUGGGAAGAUCUACACUCUUGGGGGACUUGGAGUGGCCGGCAACGUGGACCAUGUGGAGAGGUACGACACUAUCACUAACCAAUGGGAGGCAGUAGCCCCUCUGCCCAAGGCGGUACAUUCGGCAGCGGCCACUGUGUGUGGUGGCAAAAUCUACGUGUUUGGUGGCGUGAAUGAGGCAGGCCGAGCGGCAGGUGUCCUCCAGUCCUAUGUGCCACAGACCAACACGUGGAGCUUCAUUGAGUCCCCAAUGAUAGACAACAAAUAUGCACCUGCUGUCACCCUCAAUGGCUUUGUGUUCAUCCUGGGAGGAGCUUAUGCCAGAGCCACCACCAUCUACGACCCAGAAAAAGGCAACAUCAAGGCGGGGCCAAACAUGAAUCACUCUCGGCAGUUCUGCAGUGCCGUGGUGCUCGAUGGUAAAAUUUAUGCUACUGGAGGCAUCGUGAGCAGUGAGGGACCAGCCCUGGGCAACAUGGAAGCCUACGAGCCCACAACCAACACAUGGACCCUCUUACCCCACAUGCCCUGUCCUGUGUUCAGACACGGCUGUGUUGUGAUAAAAAAGUAUAUUCAAAGCGGCUGACGUCAGCAGAAAGCCCAAGACAAGUCUAUGGGACAAGUCCAGUGAGGCGAAUGCCACACAACAUGGUUAUCUUUCAACGCCAACGAGAGGCCCACAAAACACAAUCGAGAAACUCACUGCGCUAACAUUUCGAAUAUUCUCUACAUUGAAUGUAGAAAAUCAUCCUCGCCUUUUGGGUGAAGAGGGGCACAGUGCUCCGGGCAGCAGGAACCUGGAAUGCACGGAGCCCGGGCUCCCAGGCCAGCGAGGCACUUGCUCUGAACAGAGGGCGCUCGCUCUGCCCGGUGCAAUAGUUUCACAUAUUUUUCAACUGGGAGAGAAGCUGUUUUUUUCCUUCUUGCAGAGCAAGCUUGAUCCCUAAACCACCAUAGAUCAGUUAUCCUGUGACAAUUUGGGGCAUCACGCUCUUUUGGAAUAAGGUCAAAGUGUCCUUAUCACUUUGAUUCCUACUUUUUUUUUUUUUUUUUGGAGUUUUUUGGGUUUUGUUUUUGUUUUUCUUAAACCUAUCUAUACUUUCAAGUGGCCGAGAGAAAAAGGAGGAAUGGAACUGUGCAGCACCAAGGCCUCGGAGAGCGCCUGGUGCCACUAGACAGGAUGGAGGGCCAGCUGCACGUGCAGAGCCAGGGCUGGCAGCCGCAGGGGUCGCUGGGAAGAGCAGCCAGGGUCGGCAGCCGCCAGGGUCGCUGGGAAGAGCCGCCUGUCCUUCAUGGCUUUUUCUACCAUGUUUUUGCUGCAAAAGAACAUGGUGGGUAUGCUAGCUUUCUCUUAGCCAGUAUGAAUUAUUUAGAUUUCCAAGGCAUUUUCUUGAUACACAAAAGGCUAUUUUUAAGUACCGAGAGAAGGAGGCCACAGGAGGGACAACGCUGUGGGACUUCCCAAAGCUCUUUGUAGGUAGCGCCAGAGGUAGGGCCCUUGCUCUCAUUUUUCUAUGUGCAGAAUAGAGGAUCUCUCCUGAGGUGGGCCAUGCCCCCCACUUUAUUUUUGGAAAAAGUUAACUCCCAGACAGUCCUGGAAGACCAUGCCAUGUGGAGGCAUUGUCAGAGGGAAGGGUCUAUUCUAGAAGAACAUGGUUCUGGCUUCUGACAACAGUCCAGCUCCCUCCAUGAGGUAAAGCUGACGACCCAGGCCCCGGGAAAGGGACUGAGGGAGGGAGGGAGGGAGAAGAAAUGUCUACAAAGCACAGGAGACUAUUUUUGAUAUUUAUAGCUAUAUAUUCAAGGCACCUGCCAUGAGAGCUCUCAGGAUGGGGACAGCCUUCUUAGACGAGCCAUGACAGUCACGGCCUGAGAGGCACAAGCAGAAACACUCUUCUUGUUGCCUUUCUGCAUAGUAACCUGAGAAAAGGGAAGGCAGGAGAGGUCCCAGCGAGGCUCAAAAGAGAAAGGCCUUCCCUUUAGUCCUUAGACCCUCAAACCUCACCCGGUCAUCAGUUUCCAUUCCAGGGCAGGAAGAAGGCCGCCGCCACCGUGCUGUUUAGUUGAAGUUAGUACCAAAUACACACCAUUUUGCUACCUGGAAAGUCAGCUUGCCAUCACAUCAUGACAAGAACCAUUGACAGAGAGAAAGAGACACUACAUGCUUUCAUCAUUCAGUAUUGGAUGACCCAAAAUUCCAGUCCUAACGACAGGCAUCAGCCUCUAGCAUUACAAGUGUGGCUCCCACUUGACAAGAUACCGAGCUUCGUUAUGCAGUUUUUAAUAUUAUUUAUUAUUUUAAAAAAGUAAUAAGCACAAAACUACAUACAUUGUAUGUCAUUUAAAGUAUUUAUGUCAAACAGGGUGCAAGUGUGAACCCAAGGACUGGAGCACAAAUUUCUAACUGCCUGGGGCAGGGCGAAUGUGAGCAUUGGUGUGUGUCUGCCUCCAAGGGAGGUGUUAGUGGUCAACAAGACUCCGCGGUGACACUGAAAUUCCGUUUCUCUCCUCAUCUAUCACACUGGAGCAAAACUGGCUAUUUCUGUGAAUGAUAUAAAACAGGGUUCUCUGUAAUGGUAUUGUAUAUAGUAUAUGUUUAUUGUUAAGUUGUUAUAUUAUAAUAAAUAUAUUUAUAGAUCUAGACUCGGAAGCCAAUGCAAUGUCUUUGUGUGCCAUUGUCUUUGCCUCAGUGACACUACAGUCCUGUUCUUCCUCUUGGUCAUCAAGAGUGUGUAUCCUUCUACAGAUGUAGGUUUGGAUGAUUAGAGAGGACCCUUUUGCAAAGGGACAGAGACAGAUGAACGGUAACCUCCAGUAAGGAACAGCUGAAAGUCAAAAGCCGACUUAGAGACUUAGAGAUACCAUGGAGUUGAUGCAGCCUGUUCCCUGAGCUCCUAUGUUCUUCUUCUCACAGCAUGUAAAAGCCCCACAGCUUGCUUUUGCCCCCUUCACUUCUGCCCAAAGGCCCCCUUUUCUUAUUUUCUCAAUUCAUCAGCCUGGAGCUACAAGACACUUCCUCCAGGAAGAAAAUCAGUGAUUUCCAUGCUGAGACCCAGGCAGGGUAGCCUUCCUGCUUCCUCAGUUGUGUCUAAAGGGUUCUCUGGUCUAUCACACAGACCCGCUUUGCCAUGCCCAGGACACCUAGGCAAGACUGCUUAGCAUGAAAUACGGAAAUGCAUCUGUCAGGAAGGAAGUUUAGGAAGAAAGGGUAGAUUUUCCAGCAUAGUCAGCCACAUUAAGCCUCCAUGUCCUCCAUCCCUAAAUCGUACCAAGACCUAGUGUCUCCUUGAAAGCAAAACCUUAAUAAGCAAAAACCAGCACAGGAGGUGAGAGGAGAGGUUCUACUGGAAACUCUGUUGAAACCCUUGGGACAAGAGGACCAUUCUCCUGUCAAAUCAGUACUUUCCUAGGAACAACUGUCCUACAAGGGUGGACACAGACUGUCUAGAAGAAGCCAAUCGUGAAGGGGAAGGUGAUAAUCUGUGAUAAAAACAGUCUGCCAGCUCCAUUAUUAACUAUUUCAUUUGUUUAAGUGAAGGAACAUGUUCUUGUGGUCCAUGAAGAAUCUCUGUGUUUUAUACCUAACUCUGUGUGGUAAAGAGAUCCCAUUGUACCAUAGACAGACAGCUGAGCACACGGGAGCAGGAGACCCGCCAUGGGGACUGUCAAGACACGGCUGUCUGAUCUAACAAAGAUGAUGAGAACAGUGCACACUGUGUGCAUAGAUUUUUUAUUUUAAAGAACUUCAAAAUAAGAGUGCAAUCAGGGGAAGUACCUCCUGUGUGAUAAACAGUAUCUUCAUUAAAGAAAAUAGGUAAUGUAAUUGGAAAAUAUUAGUUAAGAAAUAGGUGUUAGGCCUAAAAGAAAAAAAAAAGGUAUUAGCAAACGGAAUCCAAAAGUAAAAAACCAAGUUCAACACUAAAAUCUGGCAUGAAUCGGUAACACCUCAUAGCUUUUGAAUAACCAUAGGGGAAUCUGUGCUCAGGAGGAGCAGGAGACUCCAACGUAGUCCUGAGGGCUCUGCAGAGGGACAGACAGCAAGGCCGCAGGCACCGUGUAUCAUGAGCUGGAGGAGCACUGAGAAAUCACUUCUAGACAGCCAUAAAGAAAUGACAUGAACUCUGGGAAAAUAAUGCCAACUAUUCUAUUACAAUGGCGCGUGAAAAGUGACCGGUACUUGUUUGUCGACACUAAUGAUGCGCUGACCACCAUGCUAAGCUCUCAAAGCCCUGAAUCCUCAAGAUUCAGGUACAAAAGUCAUACACACAAAAA